AUGCCUAAACCAGACGGUAUUCCCACCAGAGGAACAAAGAAAUACACGGGUUGCUGGACAUGCCGGAAACGUGGUAUCAGGUGCGAUGAGAAGAGACCCUGUUGCCAGAACUGCGUAGUUCAUGGGGUCAUUUGCGAAGGCUACAAAUUAAAACUAUGCUGGAAUGAUGAUAGUGAGUCCUCAUCGAUGCGCCGACUCAAGAAGAACAGGUGUCUUGUUCUUUAUGAAUGGAAGGAGAACCAGUUACUGGACCAACUACAGAUUGACUACUUCUUGGAUAGAAUCGACACAGCGUCGGUAUUCCUAAAUCCCAGAUCUCUGGAGAUUGAAAAUGAGUUCGGUUACGGUCCUUUCACCGUUUUCAAGGCAUCUUGCGAGGUAGAAAUGAGCAAGGAACAUGUGAGUCAAAACUAUGAAUCGAUAAUCGGAGAUUCAGAAACGUUUUCCUUAGGUACAAGAAGUAGAAUCCAGGAAAGACUGGAACAGAACUCAUUUGAGGGUGUCUUCCCAGAUCUUGAAAUCGAAGUUUCUCUUCUGGAGUUCUGGGAUCGUCAUUACAGCAAGUCUCUCACGCCGGUCGACGAAACUGAAGUGAAUCCAUAUAACCUAUUGUUGAAAGAAGCUUUUGACAAACCACAUCCUGCUGAUAUUCAGAGGGGUAUUUUUCAUACUGUGUGCGCAAUCUGCUCAAGUUUCCUUUCCACCAGUGCUGAUCUUGCUUUCAUCGCGCCUGAGUAUCAAAAUACCAAUUUCGACGAGUACAGGAUGUUCCACAAAAUUAGAGCGCUCAAUUUUGUUUCCGACAAAUACUCCUGGAAAGAGGUUGGCACUAUAGAGGAGCUAAGUUUUUUGGUUGGGUCCAUAUACUUCCUGCUAGCGACUGAUUCUUUCAAUAGUUCAGACGAGUGGCAGAUUCAUUUGAGAGGUGCUGUAUCAGCUUUGAAAGCCAUCAGCGACAUGGAUGGUGGCAUCCUAAUCUCAGGCCAAGGUGAACCUGAAGGUUUAUCCAGUGCCUUGCAAUUCUUCUGCCAAAUGACGAAAGUGGCCUACCUGGAAAGCACGCUAUACCAGUUUAGUGACGACGUUUGCAACAAAAACCUAACAGUCGAGGAUCUGGAGUUCAUGAAAUAUCCAGAAGAUAGUAUAACUGAGUCACUCGUGUAUCGCAAUUCAGGAAUCACACCUGGUAUGAUGAGAUGUCUCACAAACAUCGUGAGAUUUCUGCAGGUUACGGACUCACUGGAAGCUCAAACAAGUGCGGUGAAGAACAUUGAAGAAGAGCUUGUAGAAUGCAAGCCUCCGGCGUUUAAUGCUGGCAUUGGCUCUCUCAACCCACUGAUAGUGCAUCAUCAGUCCAUGAUUUUCUACACUGCCAUCAAUCUGCUGUUUCUGAGAGAAGUCAAAAAGCGAGAACCACACGACUUGCAAGCGCUGGUGGACUCUGGGAUUGACCAUAUAGAGAUGUACGAGGAGAUCUCAAAGAACAUCACCGGACUUGGAUUGUUUUGGCCUUGUUUUAUUGUUUGCUGCGAAGCAACUUCCAAGGAGUCUCAAGCCAGAGUUAGGCAAUGGCUAGAGAUAAUUGAGCCGUACGGCGUAGACACAAUGAGACGGGGUUCUCGUGUUAUAAAUACGGUAUGGCAUAGAAGAGAAGAUGGGGAUCAGGUUAGCUGGUUGUCUGUUAUACGGGAGAUUGACUCCAGUUUGUGGCUGGCUUAA